AGUAUAUGCAUUAGUGAAUACAGAUACAUAAGCAGCAUUUUUUUUACUAAUUCAAUUUUUAAUUAGUAUACAAAAAUAUUUUGAAUUGAAUGAAACUUAAAAAUUUUGCUUCAAAUAUUUACCAAAUAAAUUAGCAAACAUGUUCACAUAUAGAUAUAUCUUUAAUUGCACGAUUAUUGUGAUUUUUUUAUUUACAUUAAUUCCAUCAGCCAGUUUGCAGUCGUAUGAAGACAAACGAUGUAAAUGUGUUUGCCCUAGUCUAACUUCUGUUUCAAAUGAAACAGAUAAUAACGAACGGUGGUUAUUCAUCGAGAAUGUUCCACCGUCGAAAUGUAAUUGUGAUGGUGUAGUAUUACCGCGUCUGAAGGAUAAAAUACCAUUGAGUAAAGGACCCGAAUUCUGCCCAAGAUGCGAAUGCAAAUAUGAAAAUCGAAAUACGGCCAUCAUUAAAGUGGUUGUUAUCAUUGUAAUUUGGGUGAUAUCAUUGCUUGUUGUCUAUAUGUUAUUUUUAAUUUGUUUGGAUCCUCUGCUCAACAAGCGCAUCAAAAACAGCUACCUAGAGCACACAAAUGAAGAAUGAUACGUUUCGUCGUAGAUAGAGUAGACGCUUGGUUGGCUAGAUAAUACUUUAUUUGAUUUAUUCGAACAAAAAUUAUUAUUUAUACACAAACUUAAAAACAAAUGACCGUAAAAGUGAACCGGGAGUGUAUUUUUUUACCGUCAUAUAUAUUUUUGGUGUAGCAAUUGUCUUGUUGCUACAUUCGCCCAAAUCAAAUAAUUGAAAUUUUUAUCAAAUAUGACUUUACAGUAUAUACAAUUAAAAAAAAAAACGCUUGCAUUUUUUAUUUUUACAUGUUUUUACACUACCUACUAUAUCUUUAUGUCUAUGUCCUCAGUAUC